AAGGCUAAAGAAAGUUACUAUAAGAAUUAGAUUCGGUGUUGUGAAGGUGAAUACAUUGAACAUGGAUGGGAAGAAGAAGAAGAAGAAGAGUAAAGUGAAAAGAGAUCUAGCUUUUUUGAGGAAGAAGAUGAUAAGAAGUAUCAUCAUUGUCUUGAUUGCAACAAGAAGAGAUUUUCCUGGUGGAGGAACACAUUUCCACAACGGAGCUGACAAAUACAUUGUUUCCCUUGCUCAGGGUAUAGAAAUCGGCGGUUAUGGUAAAGGUUGUAGUGGUUGUGAAAGAGCUAAUUCUUCGAGGAGGACUGGUGUUGCGGCGAUGGCGGCGGGAACCACGAACUUUCCAUGGAACAACGUGAGAUUUGUUGGUUUAUGAGCAGAUUAUUAUGAGAUUAUGGGUUUGUGUUUCUUUAGCUAUCAAAUUAUGAUUGUGUUUCUUAUAAAAGAGAUGAUCUUCGUCAUGAAUUUGAAUUGUUUAAGCUAUCUCAUCAGAGAGGCUAAUACAAAUCUUAAUCAUCA